CACGCAGCCAAUCGGUGCCAGUCUUGAAAACAGAAGCUACUGCAGCAAUGUGCCUUAAAGACAUGGACUUGAUCCAUCUCACUCACAUCAAUUGAGAUUGUGAAGGUGCAAAGCUGUCAAGAGGUACACAAAAAUUCACAAAGUUUGUGUAGACAUGUGUAGACUACGUGUUUGUGUGUUCAGUUCUCAUCAUCGACUCAUCAUCCAAGUUAUGCACCUCUCUUUCUUUCCACCUGGCAUCAUGGUGCUUUCCUCGGCCAUAACCUGCAAGUGCGCAGUCUAUGGCAGUCUUGAACUUCUCCGGCCUCUGUCGACGCGUCUUGGUGUCAUACUUUUUCUGUAUAGUCUGUAUAGGCUGUAUAGGCUAGGUGAUAAGUUAAAAUAAGAUUUUCAAGAACUUCGGCGGCAUGCAUUUUCAAACAUGUUCAAUUCAGGUAUGGUUUUUGAAGAUUAAAGGACAUGUGCAAAAUGACCCAGUAACUGUAUAGGGCGUGUUGCACAAACGUCUAAGCUUGACAGUCAAGAUCAAAGCAAACCGUCCAUGGACAGGACGGCCACCCCCUGAAGUCAUGUCCAAGCUCGUCCAAUGUGGACCAUAGUGGACCUACGUCUGCACUUUCGACGUCGAGAUAUCAACAGUUUGCGAUGGCUCCGGUGAGAUUCCAUAUGCCGGUGCUUUGCUGCCUACAGCAAGCCACGAUUUCAAUAGCACCCAUGCCUUUGGGAGGCUUGGGUGUCCUGCAUGCUUUGUCCAAGCUCCGAAUCCUUUUGCUCGAAAUAUCCACAGUAUUUCUAAGUUUUAUGAGGUUCUUAUGCAACCUUCUAUUCAAACGCACCAUGCAAACUGCCUGUGCUUUAACUUUGGUGCAAACAUGUGCAAACAUAAGGAGGCAUUGGCUCAUAUUGACUCAAAGGAGCAUCUGUUUGGCCUAGGCAAGGACGUUUUGCGGCGCAAUCCCGCUCUGAGAGCCUGCAAUUCUGCUAGCCUCCUCCUGCUUUCGACUCCUCAAACAGACAUGAUAUAUUGGAUGUAUUGGGAUUGAAAGAUAUGGAAAACCUUUUUCAAACCUACUGGAUAUGAUUUAUGAUCGUUCUUUUGCCAAGUUGAUACUUGACUUGAAGCUAAGUUCCAAGGUCUUCUAUAGAGCUCUGAGGGCGGGAACAUGAUCUUCUCAGCACAGUGACAGUGGCAAUAGGCUAGGUCGCAAAUUUCAUAGGAAGGUCGCUUUUUUCGAAGCGGGGUAGGCCACCGGCAUCUUCCAUCAAAGGGAAAUAAUCGAGGACCUCCGAGUCGAUGUGAUCACGGUCUGUAGGAUACACGAGACUUUACUGCAAGCAUCUCACUUAUUGUCUGCCUGCAUGUUUUUUCUUCUGCGCUUUGCACAACGGGUGACGGAUGGCGACAGUGACUUCGAAAUGUCUCUCACUAGCUAGUCAUGGACACCGUUGCCAAGCUAGUGAGACAUUGUAAAAGUGGGCUCUCUUUACAGCAGCUGGCGUUUCCUUCAUAUGAACCAUAUGUUUUUUGUCUGUAUGAAAGUGUGAUAUUCCAGCAAAUCGCUGAAUUCAUCACAGUUUUCAUGGCUCCUCUCUCUAGAACUAUGCUGCUGAGUUGGUUCCAGCGCCAGUGAGCUGAAGGGAAGCUAACGCAGUGCGGCAGCGUGCAGUCAGUGACUCUCCGCAAUGCACUGCCGCGGAUGCAUGUGCUGCAUGUGGUUGUGCCGUUCCAGAGUUGGGCUACUCAGCCCUCGGAGUUGCAAGGAGGCGUCCAGUUAGUUGUGCGCCUGCCAUUACUUAGCCAUCCCGGGAUUGGCACAAAAGGGUUUCAGCACCUGAUUGCUUUUCCAGAUGGUCUCAAUGGAAAGCUCAACUCAAACAAACAGAGUGGACAGGGAGCAUGCAAAAUAGUUAGGGGCAAAACAAGUCUGAACGUGCCAUCUGGGUGUAAAUCAAGAUUGCCUCUGCGAAGAUACAUGCUUUUCUCCCACUGGGAGCAACAAAGUCUCAGCAUUUCUUUGCUUCCAAGGCACCCCAAAAGCCUUGCUGAUGCUUUGGCAACAGGCUGGUAAACAUACUUUGAAAACACUUUGACCUGAUACUGAUAAACACUUUGACCUGAUACUGAUACUGAUCACACUUCAAGACUUUGAGGAUCUUUCAGGCACUGGCAAAGCAGCCAUAUUACAGCUGGAGGAUCAUCAAGUCAAAUUGGACUUUAAUUCCGGUAGGAGCUUAUAUGGACCUAAAGGGCCGUGCGUCAGCUGAUCGUUGCCUAUUGAAUCUCAGGUUCGGGCUAAGAAUGUUGGACAAACAAAGAAAACAUUGUACGAGGCCACAGAAUGCAUGGGCAGCAAGGACCGGGAAUGCAAGGGUCCCACCGUUGUUUUGGCAGCCUCUUGGAAACGAGAUUCAUGGCACCCAUCCUCAUUCCAAGAAAGUCCAAUGUUGAACUCGGGACUGUUUCAUGCAACGGGUGCCUUUGCAACUCUUCAGACCAUCAACCGCGGCUCAACUGUCCAAGCAUGGCUGGAGGCUGCAGCAAGGCACAAUGCUCGAGUGCAGUCCUUGGAAUCCAGCUACGGCAGCUACGGUUUGUCUGCAGCUCCAAUGCUCCGUUCUUUCUCAUUGCUUGGCAAGACUUCGUACCUUCCACUUGCGGAAGAUAGCUGGCUUUCAGAGAUUCGAAUUGGGCCCUUAAACAAAGCGGAAAACCAUAACGGAGUAAGAGUUCAAGGGAUCAAAUAGUUGAACUUCUGUUUCAUCACACUGUAACCCAUUUGAAAUGGCAGCAAGCUGCACUCUGAGCUGGAAAGAAGCUUAAAAUGAUGCACCAGUCCAAGAACAUGCAUCGUUGAAUUGGAUAGUGGUUGUUACUUUUCUUCCAAAGCACCCCAAAAGCCUUGCUGAUGCUUUGGCAACAGGCUGGUAAACAUACUUUGAAAACACUUUGACCUGAUACUGAUACUGAUCACACUUCAAGACUUUGAGGAUCUUUCAGGCACUGGCAAAGCAGCCAUAUUACAGCUGGAGGAUCAUCAAGUCAAAUUGGACUUUAAUUCCGGUAGGAGCUUAUAUGGACCUAAAGGGCCGUGCGUCAGCUGAUCGUUGCCUAUUGAAUCUCAGGUUCGGGCUAAGAAUGUUGGACAAACAAAGAAAACAUUGUACGAGGCCACAGAAUGCAUGGGCAGCAAGGACCGGGAAUGCAAGGGUCCCACCGUUGUUUUUGCAGCCUCUUGGAAACGAGAUUCAUGGCACCCAUCCUCAUUCCAAGAAAGUCCAAUGUUGAACUCGGGACUGUUUCAUGCAACGGGUGCCUUUGCAACUCUUCAGACCAUCAACCGCGGCUCAACUGUCCAAGCAUGGCUGGAGGCUGCGAUUCGAAUUUCAUCCUAAACAAUGCAACCAUCCACGUCUAACACUAGCUGAGGGUUUGAUUCUCUCUGGCCUCUGUGGAUACUGGUCAUGCUCCUCUCAUUGCUCUUCGGUC